CGUCCAAGUCGCGUCAUCCAAAGACACCGCGUUUCUGGCGACCAAUUGACGAACCGCCAGUGUGAAUCUUUUUAACUACCAUCGCGAAGUCGAAACAUAUAUGUAACGAAUUUUUACCAUUGCCCUAUUUUUCAUGAAAAUAAAUAUAAAGCAAUAAAGCAGCCAUGGAAGCUCGAGGACGGAGUGCCGACACUAGCGGACACCAUACACCAGGUACAGUCGACGACCUUUUCGAUUACGAUGUCGGGCUGGAUGAAAUCCUGGAACAGACCGACUUGAACCAACAUAACGACUCGUCAAACCCAGCAUCAAGAAGGAAUGACGAACCAGCAGACUCCAACGGUGCUAGCCUAGGUCUAGAUGAGGAGAUCAAAGUUGCGCCCAAGAGACGACCGGUUGCGAAACUGGACGAGGCACGACUACUAUCGCCAGCCGGAAUACCAAAGCUACGCAAGAAUGCAAAAACCAAGCUCAAGUUCAGGGGGAAAGGCCAUGAGUACUCUGACGCCAUGCGCCUGCUCAACUUUUACCAGCUCUGGCUGGAUGACCUCUACCCCCGCGCGAAAUUCGCAGACGGUCUCGCUAUGAUCGAAAAGCUAGGCCACUCGAAACGGAUCCAAAUCAUGCGAAAGGAGUGGAUUGACGAAGGCAAACCAAGACUAUAUGCCGCUGACAGAGAUGAGGAAACAAAUAACGACACAACCCAGCUGCCAGCUUCGAAUGCUGCGGCGGCCAGCAGCGAUGGACAUCCGCAAACCGAAAAUGACAAUGAAUUAUUUCCGGCUACCACCACAAACACCGCCCGGCGCGACCCGAGAACAUCACCAGUCCAGAGAAACAAUAGUACCGUUGAUAGUUCCACAGAAAAUCAUAUACCGUCCAUUUUCGGCGGUGGGGAAGGCGGAAAGGGAAAGGCGGCGGAACACUACAACGCAGAUAGCGAUGACGACCUUUUCGUCCGGGGCGAUCACAACGAUAAUGCUCAUGUGGAUAUUAAUAAGCUAGCGGGGCAUGUCGAAAACUCACCCGAAGACGAUGAGUUGGAGGCUCUCUUGGCUGAGCAUGAGGGUGCUGGGAUGCCAUCAGGACUGGAAUCAAAACCCAGUACAACGACUACCGCCAUGGCGAAGGGUUCGGGUUCAGGACUACCCCCAGUAAGCGCUUUUGACGAUUUGGAUGCAAUGGAUGAUUAUGAUAUUUGACACCCGUAAUUUUAGUUUAAAGAACUGAACAAUUUGAUGAUAAGUGAUAAUGGGAAUUUGAUGAGUUUUUUGUUUUUUUGGUGUUGCCCAUUUGCAUUCCAACCCUUUUGUUCGAAAGUGAAAGAAGACAAUUCUUGAAAUUCUGAUAAAAACAAUGUUAAAACAGUGUUUGAAUGAAGAGAAUAGUAGUAGAAAAACAUAAUGGAUCGCUGGACUUGAACGGGAAAAAGAAAGCUUUGGGUAAACUAAAUGUUAAAGGAGACUUCCGAAAUAUUUCUAUGAACUUCAACAAAAAUAGGUGAAGAAUGCAUCGAGUGGGAAGAUAAAAUGCAUGCAACAAAAAGCCAAUGGAAACAACAAGCUUAAUCAAAUCCAUGCUUAUCCCAUGCAAAUAGCAAAAAAAAAAACAUGAAAUAGAACAAAACCAGAAAAAAUUGGGAAAAAAAUGCCAGAAACAAUUUUCAAAACAAAAUAAAACCAAGACGGGAGAUACUAAAUAAAU